AUGGUGGUUUUUGAUGCGCCAAUAUUCUUCUCCACUUUGAACAAGAAGAUUACCCAUCAUGGAUUAUUGUGCAACAGGAGAAUUCACAGGAGUCAGCCUCAUGUACUGGAGAUAGUGGAGAUCUGUGCUAAUACAGAAUUACCAAGGCAUGGGUUGCAAAUCAUGUUCCCUGAUGCCCUUUUUCCAUUUGCUUUGAUCUGCAAAGAUGAGACUAGUGGCUCUGGGAAUCACUCCAUGCUUUAUGCACUGGCUUUCUCAGGAGUUGGUUACCUUGUUAAACUCAAAGACAUUUGUAAUUAUGCAUCUUGUUCUGUUAUUCCAUCUAAUGAGAUCAUCGAGUAUUCUACCCCAACUUAUCCUCAUUGCGGAGCAAUAACAGCUGUAGCGGCAACUUCAGGAUGUCUUGUUAUUGGGAGGAGUGAUGGCUCUGUUGGUUGUUUCCAACUUGGUAUGCUUGACCCUAAUGCUCCAGGUAUAAAGUAG